AUGUCGUCUAAGAAAGGCACCUUGGAGAUGGCGAACGGCGAUGUGAUACAUAAUGGAAGGAUUCUGAAAGGUGGAGAUGCACAAAUGCAAGAAUCUUUAGCACCCUUAUCACCAGUAUUCAACGAAGAAUGGUUAAUUGCGGAUCAAAAAGCUUGGUCAGCCAGAACAACAAAGUCUGAUAAGAAAGAAUCAGGAGAAGCACGUAUUUAUGGAGGCGAGGAACCGGUGGAAGAGUUAACUAUAGAUUACGAAGUAUGGGGUGAUUGUAUCGAGUUGUUUUGUACUCACCUAGUAGCUUGUGGGUGGAAACCAAUUGCGGACAAGUUUGGAGGUCACAUAGCGGUAGUGAAGAAACUCCGAAAGGAUUUCGGCUGGAUGGUAGCCUUGCGGUAUUGUAAAUUAGUGAGGCAAGGCGUGAUGAGAGAAACAGUUGAUAAGUCAAUUGGGAACUACGCCGAACUCCAGGAAGUCCCGUUAGCAGAGGCAAAAACAACAGCCAAAAGCUACAAUGAACGUCACUAUAAAACAAAUCCUUACGCACCAGAAUGUACACCAGUCAGCAAACUUCGCCUCCAUGCCCCAAAGUAA